CCGAUAGAAGCGGAACUUUGCGAGUUUUUCCGAGUGGCAUUUUGCCAAUGGAUUAAGAAGCUGUGAAAUUUGUAAAUUCAUUCGAAUUUUCUACGUGCACAAAUCUUUAAAUGACAUGGAUUAAACGAUACUGUAUAAAUCGUUCAAGUUUCCUUGAUUAUAUCGAAAUGUCAGUAAGGUGCUACUACUGAAGAAUGUUUAUUUCUCUCCAAUCGGAGUAAUCGCUUUUUUAAAUUUUUUCCUACAAUAUGAAAUAAAACGUGGAAAAUCCGCUUUUGGUCGAACACAGUGUUAUUGUGAGUUCAUGUUCGAUUAGCCGGCAUUUCAAUCAACGAUGUUCACAGUAUAGGUACUGUCAUGGACACAGAUGUAGAACUUGCCAAAGGUGAAGGGUGUGAAACUAGUCCAGGUUGCUCUGGCUAUUCUAGUAUGGUGCACAGUAAAAAAGUUAUUAAACAUGCACUACGUCAGCAGGCCAAAAGGCGUAGAAAAAAUACUACAAUUGCAGCUGGCAAUUCUCGUACUCUUCCAAGGAUUGUCGUUAAACCACUACCUCCACCUCCACCGAAUGAUCCUCCUUCUCCUGUUAAUAAUGUACAACAUAUUAAUACUACAACCGAAGAGCCUGCUGCCACAAUGAGAGAAGUCCUAGCAAGUUUGCCAGGAUUUAGUUUAAAAUCUGGACGUAGACGAUCAACAAAACGAUUAUCAGCAACUGCACAACUAGAGGCUGGUCUUGUAGAUCUUGAGUCUCCAGCAAGUAUCUUAGCAAGUACGAGUUUACGUGCUCUUUUAAAUAGGCAUACCUUUCAAGGUUUACCGCCUUUAUAUCAAAGGAAACUUGCACAACUUUUACCAGCUGUAGAUAGACAGGAUGCUGCUACAUCUGGAUUAAAUAAUGAAUUCUUUGCACGAGCUUGCCUAGAAUGGCGUAAACGUUUGGCAGAAGGAGAGUUUACUCCAGAGAAUCAACAAAGAUUGAAGAUGGAGGCAGAGAGAGAUAAGAAUAAAUUGGAUCCAUGGAAAGUUAAGCAUUUUGAACCCAUAUGGGGUGAGAAACGUGAACCUAAACUUAGAUCAGGUCUUCACUGUAUUACUGAAACAAGAUCUGGCGGAGCUGUAACGCGUUCAAGUUUAAGACUUCGUUUAGAAUCUAAUGUAGAUACACCUGUAUCAGAUACUCCCUGUCCUAUUAUGUCUGAAGAUAAAGUCGAAGAAGAUAAUUGUAAAGUUGAAACUAGUAUAAAUAAUUCAGAUGAAUUGAACGAAACAACAGAAAUACAAGAAUUAUUACCAGCAGAAUAUAACGAAACAACGCAUACAUUAAUCGAUGAAAAACAUAUAGAAUCUGUAAACAUAAAUUCUGUAGAAACGAUAGCUGAUACUGAAAUGCAUCAGGAUAAAUUAGAGGGAGACGAGAAAAUUAUUGAUCUUCCAGAAAAACAAGAUAUAAUUGAAGAGAAUGAAGUAGUAACUCAGGUUUGUCAAGAAAGUAUUUCAAACACGACGAAUUAUGAUGAAGAAAUUCAUUUACCUCAAGAUGAAAAGAAUCUUCAAUCAAUGGAGAACCACAUCCUCGAAGUAUCCGAGGAAAAUAGAAUACUCUUACCUGAAGAGAAUACUUCACCAAGAUCCAGUGAACAAACAGAACAAAUCCCUCAUGCAUCCAGGGAGACAUCGUCCCAAUUAUCAACAGAAUGUACGUCUCAAACUUCUAUAGAUCAAGUACCGCAAAUUUCGAAACAGGAAAUAUCUCAAAUAUCGGAAGAACAAAUUUAUCCAAUGUCUGACUGUGAGACUACAACUAUACUUGAGACUUCACCAUCGCACGAGCAAGUUAGACCGACCGAAAUCGUUAUGGAUGAUUCUACGUUAAUUAAUAACAAUCAAACUGAAGCAACACAGGUUUCUCAUGAGAAUCCAACGGACGGUGAAUCGCAAAUUCCUGAAGGAAUGGAAAUCGACAGUGAAACGUUACAACGUAUUCACGAAUUGGAGGUAAGGGGAGAAAUGCGCGAAGUGUACGAAGAGAUUUCGGGAUGUUCUGAAGAAAUAAUAUACCCUAUUCUUGAUGGAAUGGAAAUGGGGUCGAAUAAUGCCGAAGAAACUGAAACGCAAGUGGUUUCGGGGCAGUCGGAAGUUACUAGAGAGCAACAAGAUGUAAAUAGUGGAAACGAAGAUGAAGCUCUUCGAGAAGCAAAUAACUACGUUUGUUCUGAAAUGUUAGAAUGUAGUUGGUCGGUAGACCCCACAGUUAAUAAUAUUAACAAUAAUAACAGGACUCAGGAAGAGCUUCAAGUUCCAUGGCCACUAGUAGCUGCAGCUCUUGAUGGAUCUGUGGCCGCUAACAUUACGGUAACCACUCAGGACGAAUGCAACGAGACACCCACUUCGACUGAUUCAGCUAACCCACCACAGCAAUUUAUUAAUGCAGAUUCUAAUGUAGAAUCAGUCAACUGUAUUCAACUACCAGUUGUUCAGGGAACUCCGUUUCAGUCAGAAGGUCUCGCAAUCGGUACACCAGGAACGAGUUGUAUAAUGAAGAAUUUUCAAUCUCAAAGCUCGCCUAUUAUUGCCUUUCCACAACUGCAGUCCAUCAGAUUUGUACAAACAAGCUUUCAUUCUGAUCAAAACACUGCAUCGACUUUGAAUAGCACAUCUCCAAUUACUGCUCAAAUUCAGAAUCAACAGAAUACAACCUCGCAAGUGAAUAUAAUGAGAACGCAAGAAGAAGUCGUUCAAUUAAAUACUCAAAAUAGCAACACACGGAAUAUUAGAAACACCGUAACUCAAAAUCAAGUUCCGAAUACCGUAACGGCCGCGAUUGGUGUACAACCACAAAAUCGUGCACAAAAUACUAUUGUUAUUCAACACCAAGCGUCGGCUCCUACGCAACCACGACAAGUUGUAGCAACCAUACAGCAACAACAAUAUCCUGGAACGGCGGUCGCUGUGUCCUCAAGAUCUUCGCGUUCUAAUAAUCAAGGUAGUCAAAGAGGUUCCAGGAAUAGUAAUAAAGAACAAGGAGGAGGUCGAUCUCGUAGUACUACAAAAGAACCUCCUGGUGCAGUUAACUUAGAACGCAGCUAUCAAAUAUGUCAAGCGGUCAUACAAAGUUCACCAAAUAGAGAUCAACUGAAGGCUCAUUUGAAACCUCCGCCUAGUUUACUUGCCAGAGGUGAUGGAGCGUUUACGACGAAUAAAUCUGGUGGUCGUACAAUUACGACUGUCAAAACUCAGAAACCAUCACAGACGAUACAAAAUAAACAAACUCAAAAUAAAACGCAAGCAGUUAUGUUAAGACACGUGUUUGCAACAGCACGUCAAGCUACUUCCACAGAGGUUCCAGAAAGCAAUACCGUAGCACAAUUAGGAUCCACGACAACAGGCGGAUUAGGUCAAUAUAUACUAGUACAGAGAACAGGAGUUGGAGACAGUGCACCAAGGGCAUCUUCUGCUCCACCUCUACCUCCUCAAAUCGCGGGAAUGGGAGUCGGGGUACAUCUAGUACGUGGUAGACCGGCCAGUGCAGGAGAAGGUUCACAUCAGGCCGUAACGUUGAAAGCAAGGGGCACCGAUGGUAGAGGAGGCGGUGGCGCCGAACCCGGAGCACCUGGUAUGAUCAUGGGUGGAGAUCCUCCACCUCCCUGCGAAUGUAAUAUGCGAGGUGCUAUGGUAAUAUGUCGACAGUGUGGCGCGUUUUGUCACGAUGACUGCAUCGGGCCUCAACGUAUCUGUGCUACCUGUCUGAUACGUUAAUCAUUGUUUAACAAUUGUUUCUGUAUAAAUUAAAAAGAGGCCGUGCAGAGUGCUGAGUAUCAAAUCACGAAUAAACAUAUUAUUUUGGAUGGAGUCUUUAUCAAAAAUGAUAUAUUGCAUGAAUUUGAAAAUAAAGCUGGAAGACUUCGUACGGGCAACCGAAUUUGUUGUUCAGCACUUUAAUGUAAGUGGUAAUUCAUGUAGCGGAGAGGAUCAAUGAAUACAGUUGCAAACAUUUCUGAAUCUUCAAUUUUGUCUUCUCUGUGAUUAUUUUUUCAGUAUUAAUUUGCGGUUGCUUGUGCGUAAAAUCUUCUCUUUAUGUUGUCCUGUAUUUUAAUAUAUUUUAUUUUAUUCGUUUCAUGACAAUGGAUGGUUUUUGCCAAAAUUUUAAUAAAAUAAUUUUUUGUAAAAUAAUUUGAUUGGUUUUUAUGUUUUUAAUUGGUGAUUGUAUAUAAUGUGUAAUUGAUGAUUUGAAUGAUUGAAAUAUUACAACUGUAUUCUUGUAAUUCUCAUCAAAGAGAGUAAAAAAAAAAAUAAAUCUCUUAUAGUCAGACUCUAAUACCGUCUUCCAGUAAGCAUCACAUUUUUCAACAUACAUCUGUACUAUUUAUUUAUUAGUAGAACUUUGAGUUUAUUCUUAUUACCUAGAAGAUAUUCCUGUACAUGCUGAUCUCAACUUUUAUUAAAGGAAGUCAGAAACUUAUUCUUAUAUGCUCUCUUGUACUCAUUUCUGUUAACAUAGUUUUUUAAGUGCAAGGACAAAGUUUUCAUUCAUCAUGGGACACUUACUGUAAUGGAACAUCUUGUACAGGAAUGUUGUUUAAGGAUGACUAUUGAUGAUUAAUAUUAUUAAUCUAUUGCAGUGAUGAAAUCUAAUUAGAUGAAUGGUAGAAUUUACAUAUUUUAGCUUUAUCUCUUACUUCGUUGUAAACAAUUUUCUAGAAUAAAUAUCGGAUAUGUUAUUUGCUUCACGUUAACAUGAAAUUAAAUAUCAUGAAACGAAGUAUGAAACAAGAAAACGCAUAAAAGUAAAAACCAUAGUUCCACAACCAACAUUUUACAUUGUGUACAUAAUUCGCAUUUUACAGAUGUCCAAGUUUUUAUAUAUGUUUUUGAAUCUUUACGAGGAAUAUGAUUCUUAUUUUACCACGAAAUAGAUCUUCGAAAAAUUAAGGGCUACUAUCAUAUUAUUUUCUUAUGCAAUUGUAGCCAAAUAUUUUACGAUCGUUGCGUCUGUGUAUAAGUACAAUAACAUGAUUCAUGUUUCGCUAAAAAAAAGUAUCUGUCAUCGACUUUGAUCGAACAUACAAAUUGUGUUUAUCGUAUAGGUAUAUAAAGAUAAAUUUUCGUACUGAUAUGUUUCUUUGAAAUCAUAGAUAAGAGUAUGUAGUAUUAUUGCGAUUCGAUAGAACCAUUGUGUAUUUGUCGCUCAAAUGUAAAUAAAAUCAUAUUCGUUUAAUAUGCGCAGUGUACGUGAUGACUAAAGUGCGGAUUUGGCGAUCGUGAGCGUUGUGGGAAAACAACACCUAAGCGGUAUGAUGGAGCAGAACAAUUUUAAGUUUCUGAUGCGGUUACGAGACCCAGAACCAUCUUCAAAUAUCUGCAAAGUAUACUUCGUCACAAUGCAACGUACGCUGAAUUCGUACUUUAUACGAUAACGCAUUACCUGUCGGAAACAGCAAUAGUUACUUAACAUGUAUGUACAAAGGUAUUCUAUAUUUAAGAAUGCUGAAAUUAAAAAAGUAGUAUUAAGUCAGAUAAAAGAGUAUUUCUUUCAAACCAUGAGAUUAUUUUUAUCUUUUCUUUUUAAGUUCAUCACGGAAGUUACAACAUAAUACUGAAGAUAAAGGAUUCUGUUAUUUCUAAGAUAUAAGUUUUGGCAUUCAAAUUUGGCACGGAUACCAAAAAAUUUGUAUUAUCUUUUAACACAUUAUUGUCGUGCAUGGAAUAUUUUAUUCAUAUAUAUUUGAAUCAUUUUAAUGCUUUAAACAAAUGUUUUGAUAUUUUAUAAUUGCACGAUUUUACAUUUCUAGCAAUUAAUAGAAUCAACGGCUGUGAUGAUAUUUUUCCUUGGAAUUUUCGCCAUAUUGUAUUUCAUUUUUUAACGCGAAUUUCAUUCUUUUAAAUAAAUUCAUUGUAAACUUUGUAA